AUGGGUACAUCUGGUUCUACGAUAGAUGUCGCAAGGGCUUUGCGCACCAUGACAUCUGACGUACCAAUCAGCGACGGCGUGCUUCAGCUUCUUCUUGAUACUCCACUUUCCCAUGAAGAGUUGCAACGCGCCUUACCGUUCCACACGCUAAGAACUAUGCGGCACUGUUACACAAGGAACUUUGCGUUGCUUCUGCUAAAGUGCGUUGAGGUGCUCGCCAACACCGCCGCAAGCUGUCGUAGUUCCAAUUCAAAGGGGCAGGUGGUGGGUGUGCAACCGUUUCUAAAUGCAUUGCGGGUGAUGAGGCGGAUUCUUCCUAUUGCCAUGGAGGACGGCGGUACCCCGUGCGAGGAAGUAGAUGGUUCAUCAGCUGAGGUCACUGGCAGCAGUGACAACUCCAAGGCAGAUGGUGGGGACGCAGUGCCGAUGCAAGCUUCCUCUAAAGCAUUGCGCGACAAAAGAAAGAGAACAGCAUUUACCGAAAUGUUUGUACAGUCAUUUUUUGCACGUGGGUGUGUCUGCAACGACGAGCAGCCGGAAGAGACAUUUCCCCCCCUUCCAGGACAAAGCGAACCCCUUGGGAAGUUUCUCGUCCGGUUGCUACUCGAUUGCUGCUUCCUUGAAGGUUUGGGGGCAGGUGUGGGGACCACUCCCACCGAAACAUCUGGGUGUACCCAUUCGGACGUGUCACUCCUGUGGUACUCAGGUGUUGCUGGUCAACGGGUGGCUGCAGAGUCUAAAGCGGUGACAGCUACAACGCAUGCUGUCCGUCACGAACUUCUUGGUACACUAACUGUGCUGUUGUCUUACCCUUUAUUGCUUCCUCCCAACACCCCUGAUGUUUUCUUCACAGAGGUGCUUUUAAGCCCUGAGAACGCGUCGCUGCUGAAACCGCUUGUGGCGUCAACCCUGAAUGCUCUACUUUCGUAUGUGCCGUAUGGUCUGCUUCCGUACACGAGUUACUGGGUUGGAGAGGAGGAGGAUGUGGUCCUCAUGAGCGCCCGGUUCUUGAGCUCCGUAAUUUGUUAUCCCAGUGCCCCAGUUGGGAACACUGGAGCCUCCUGUGAGUGUGACCAGUUGGAAGAUGGCAGUGCGGCAUCGGGUGUCGCCGUAUCCCAGGGUGCAAGGGAUUUUUUUCGUUGUUUGACGAGGGAAGAAGCGACGCACAUUGUUCACAAUCUUCAAAACAUCGUCGGCCUUAGAUUAUAUGCGAAGCGCACGUAUCUACCUGACUCACAGCGUCGUUUUGCAGCUUCGAAUGAGUCAAUGAUGCUUUUGUGGCGCCUCAUUGACUUGUCACCGGCUUGUUCACAGGCUUUUGGGUGCGAACAGGUUACAUUGAAAUACAUUUUGCCUUUGGUUGACUACGCUCUAGACGCAAGAAGGAGUCCGCGGUUGUCUUCCCGUUUGCAGCUAGUGUUGUUUAUUCUUAUGCGACUUACUGGGUCUAGCAGCUUCUGCCUCCAGUGCAAUACCCCAUUCCGCGAGUCAAUCCCGUUCAGUUUUGACACCUUUGUUGGGACUUACAAUGAUCUUAUAGUCAUCACACUAUGCUACUUCCUGCUAAUGCCACAUCACUCUAUACGGCUGCUUAGUCCAAUGUGCAGCGCUGUCAUAUCGAACAUGGCGCCCUUCGUGACGACCGUCAGCCCCGUCACAGCCGAAAAACUGAGCCUUGUUUUCACCUCCGUUGCAACUCGCUGUCUUGCUUACGAAAGCGUUUUAUCAGCAUCAUCAGCAGCUGUUGAAAACAACGUUGUGGUCGCUGACGAGGUAACAAUGGUAAAUGUAGUGGAGACCGUUUGUGAUGUCGUACAACGCCGGGCAACCGGAGCGGCGGGGCUUCUUUCUGCGUUCGUGCCAAAGAGGGGGCUAAUUGAAAACGUCGCUGAGGUUUUUGGUACACGGCCAAACGCUGAAAAGGAGGACGGGCAGCAGCAACAUCCCUCCUUUCACUUUACCCUAACCUCCCCAUUUAUGGUUAAUACACUUCUAGCCGCAGUGGCGACGGCAAAUGAAGCUGCGCAUAGGGCGGAGUGCGAAGGAGGAGAUCGUUUAGCAGCCAUUCAAGGGACGGUGCUGGAAGACCACACCCCGCGGUGUCAACGCACGGCCGUGAAGCGGCUUGACCCUUCGUGGGAUAUGGAGAUAUGGUCCUUCGUCAACCAUUGGUAUUCCAUGUACCAGUACUCUGCACCGGGUUCGUACGGGGACAGUAAAUCCAUCAAAAUGCUCCGGUUUCGAUAG